AUGGUAACGGGUAGGCCAGCCGCCCACCACCAAUGGCAACGCGAUGCGGACAUACUGGACCUCGGACGGCUGCACUUCCUCCCCCGACAACCCCUUGGCUUCCCGUUCGUCCCCGCCUGCAACCGCCACGACUUCGGAUACCACAACUACCGCAACCAGGUUCGCUUCACUCAGAGCAACAGGCUCAAGAUUGACAACAACUUCAAGACCGACUUGUACUACCAGUGCGAGAGCGUGUCGUCUCUCACUCGGGGACUCUGCCGGGCCCUUGCAGAUGUGUACUACUCUGCCGUCCGCGCCUUUGGUGGAGGCGACGCUACUCCUGGAAAGAGGGACGAGGACUUGGUUCAGGCGUACCAGGAUGCCGUCGCUGUCUACGAGGAGCUUGUCGCUGAGGCGCGCGCUCGAGGAGAUAUCGCGUAA